UCUCUACAUCUUCCGCCGCUUCGGUUCGUUCCCUCUUUCUUUUCUCCCCCUCUUCGCCACCUCUCGUCUCUGCACUCACCCUCCCCUGCCCAAUCCCUUUCAGCUGCUCGCAUCCUCUCCUCCAUCUCUCCGUUUCGUCUUUUUUGUACCUCCCCUCAUCGAUACGAACGCGUCCCUCUCCUCGUUUGCCAAAUCCUGAAAGCAGACCUCUCUUAUUCUCUCUCUCUCUCCGUCCCUCCCCCUUCCUCUUUACGUUUCCCCCUCCCUCCAUACCAUAUUUUCCUCAAUGCUUAAGUCAGUCAAAAGAGACACACUGAAGAAAAGAGGGGCGAACGGCGGGCGCUGAGAGAGAGAAAGAGAGAAGGAGAGAAGCUGGAGGGAGAGAGGGGAGAGGGGGGAACGGGGGUUUGGAUACAUCUCCACCUGUCUUCUCUCUGCCAUGGACUGCCUCUGCAUAGUGACCACAAAGAAAUAUCGGUAUCAGGAUGAAGAGACUCCGCCCCUGGAGCACAGCCCCGCCCACCUGGCUCACAGCAAGAGCGCUGAGAUGCUUCACAUGAGUGAUAAGAACCUGGCUACCAUGGACACCCUGCACAGUUACGGCCCACACACACACAUCUCACCAAUAAAGCCAGUGUUGCUGUCCUCUGGUCAAACCCCUCUGUACACCUCUGCGGUCUCCACACUGGGGAACUCUCCUCCAGUGGUGGUAAAUACUGACACACUGGAUGGCUCACCGUAUGUCAAUGGAGCAGAAGGAGAGAUUGAAUAUGAAGAGAUUACGCUGGAAAGGGGAAACUCUGGGCUAGGCUUCAGUAUUGCCGGAGGGACUGAUAAUCCUCAUGUCGGAGACGACCCCAGCAUCUUCAUCACUAAGAUCAUUCCUGGAGGAGCCGCCGCACAGGACGGGAGACUCAGAGUAAACGACAGCAUUCUCUUCGUGAAUGACGUCGAUGUUCGGGAGGUGACCCACAGUCAGGCGGUGGAGGCGCUCAAGGAGGCGGGUGCUAUCGUCAGACUCUAUGUAUUACGCAGGAAACCCGUCGCUGAGAAAGUCACCGAAAUCAAGCUCAUCAAAGGGCCAAAAGGGCUAGGCUUCAGUAUAGCGGGUGGUGUGGGGAACCAGCACAUCCCUGGAGACAACAGCAUUUAUGUCACAAAGAUCAUCGAGGGAGGAGCGGCUCAUAAGGACGGGCGACUACAGAUCGGUGAUAAGAUACUGGCGGUGAAUAAUGUGUGUUUGGAGGACGUGAUGCAUGAGGACGCGGUGGGCACGCUGAAGAACACAGCAGAGGUGGUCUACCUCAGAGUGGCCAAGCCAACCAACCUGUACCUUACCAGCACCUACAACCCACCAGACCUCACGAGCACGUACUCUCCGCAUAUGGACACGGACCUCGGACAUCCGAACUUCCUGGCCUCGGAUUACCCACAAGCCCUCACUCCCACCUCACCAAGCCGCUUUUCUCCAGUGCUGCAUGGCUUGAUGGGAGAGGAUGACUUACCCAGGGACCCGAGGCGUGUUGUGAUCCACAGAGGAUCGACGGGUUUGGGCUUUAAUAUAGUUGGAGGGGAGGAUGGCGAGGGAAUAUUCAUCUCUUUCAUCCUGGCAGGAGGCCCUGCGGACCUGAGCGGAGAACUGCGCAAAGGAGAUCAGAUCUUGAGCGUGAAUGGUGUGGAUCUGCGGGCAGCUACACAUGAACAAGCAGCAGCUGCCUUGAAGAAUGCAGGACAGACUGUGACCAUCAUCGCUCAGUACAGACCAGAAGAGUACAGUCGAUUUGAAGCUAAAAUUCAUGAUCUCCGAGAGCAGUUGAUGAACAGCAGUAUGGGCUCUGGAACAACUACAUUACGAAGUAACACUAAACGAGGAUUUUAUAUCAGGGCUCUGUUUGACUAUGAUAAGACGGCAGACUGUGGUUUCCUGAGUCAGGCCGUGGGCUUUAGGUUUGGAGAUGUGCUGCAUGUUUUGGACUGUGGAGAUGAGGAGUGGUGGCAGGCCUGCAGAGUCAGCCCACAGGGGGACGAGGAGGAGGUCGGCUUCAUCCCCAGCAAGAGGAGGGUUGAGAGAAAAGAGUGGACGCGGUUGAAGUCCAAAGAAAGGGACCGAAGUCGAGACAGUACAGGUUCACUGGGAAGGGAAGAGCCAGUACGGAGUUACGAGACAGUUGCACAAGUGGAAGUGCACUACGCGAGGCCCAUCAUUAUUCUGGGCCCGGUGAAGGACAGAGUGAAUGAUGACCUGCUGUCUGAGUUCCCAGACAAGUUUGGCUCUUGUGUCCCUCAUACGACACGACCCAAGCGGGAGUAUGAGGUGGAUGGGCGGGACUAUCAUUUUGUGUCGUCACGGGAACAGAUGGAGAAAGACAUCCAGAACCAUCGUUUCAUCGAGGCGGGCCAGUACAACAGCCACCUGUACGGAACCAGCGUUCAGAGCGUCCGAGAGGUGGCCGAACAGCAGGGAAAGCAUUGUAUUCUGGAUGUGUCCGCAAAUGCAGUUCGUAGGCUACAAGCCGCACAGCUUCACCCGAUCGCCAUCUUCGUGCGGCCCAAAUCACUGGAGAACGUCCUAGAGAUCAACACACGUCUAACUGAGGAACAAGCCAGGAAAGGUAUGGACCGCGCUAUUAAACUGGAGCAAGAUUUCCUGGAGUGCUUCUCUGCAAUCGUGGAGGGCGACAGCUUCGAGGAGGUUUAUCACAAGGUGAAAACUGUGAUCGAGGAGCAGUCAGGGCCUUAUAUCUGGAUUCCCACCAGGGAGCGUCUGUGAGAGUCCACCCAGAGCCAGACCACCUCGCCCAGCCUGCCCUGGACUGUGGAGCUCGUAGAGCUCACGAGAAACAGACAGAGAGAGAGAGGGAGGGAGGGAUGGAGAGAAGUCACCCAGACUCCGGGAAAUGAUGGAUAGGAACAGCACAGGAGCUGGCCACACCGCAUCUGCCUCUCUUUUCCUCCGUUUCCUAGCUUUGUAACUUCCUUUUUCUGCUUUUAACUUCCUUUCUCUGCCUUUCUCUCAGUCCUUCUCUGUUUCUUUCUGGCUUUCUCUCCGAAUAGCGUGAGCUGUUUUUACUCUGUCACGAACUGGGAUGCUACAAAGCAAUUUUGUAUAUUGUCAGAUUCCCUCUCGCUCUCUCCGAUCAACACGGGAAGUGGAGAGAGAUGAGCGACCGCCUCGGCUUUUACUGGAAUGAGACAUUCAAGAGCCGCUCCUAAUUAAAGGAGCUUGUUUUACAAUACUAAAGCUGAACUGAAAUAUGAAAGUAUAUUUAUCCGUAUCAAUAAUGCGCUGAAAUCUUCAAUAUCAAAGAUAUCACGACUACUCAGAGACUGACGUUCACUCACAGUUAUCAGCAUCAAGGGCGUUUAAUUGCUUUCCGAAAUUUAAAGUGCUUGGCGUGUGCUUCCUGAAAUCCAGGAAGUACUGAGCUGGCAAAUCUAAAACGUUUGCCUCAGUCCUUCGAAUGUUCCCCUGAAAUAGUCUGCAGCUAGUUCAUCACAUUGAAUGGAUGAUAAAGAAGGAAAACAGGAAGACGCAGACUGUGACUUUGGUUCUGCACACCACAGAAAGCCACACGCUUGAUGUUCCAGGGUCUGUUUUCUGUUGGUUUUCUUGCGCUUACAUGUAAACAUUGCACAUUUAGACACAUGCCAACAAUAGAUUUUGUAAUGUUUGCCUUCUUCUAUCUGGAUCUUCUUGCAACAGCCAGAUUGAUGUUUUCCUUCGAGCUGAAAUGUAAGUGCUCGGUUGGAUUAUUUCCCCGAGCGCCACAGCUCAACACAACGACUCCAGGCUGCUCUUUAAUGUGCAAUAUCGGGCUCUUCCAUAAUCUUCUCAUAAUGUAACGAAUUUUAGCCAACGUAAUACUUUGGCUGUUUUUACAUGACCGUCGGAUUUCAGUUCAGAUUAGAUCACACUUGUGCUGAAUUUGCACAAUAUAUAAAUAUAUUAAAAUUUUAUUUAUUAAAUAUCUAUCUAAAAUAAUUUAUUUAAAUGCAUUUAUAUAAAAUGAUAAAUUAUAUAUUCAGUAAUUAUAUUGGGAUAUUUAAUUAUUUCUUUAUUUAUUAAUUGUUAACACCUCGCCAUCAUGCCAGUGGUUGUUUUCACUGUCCUCUGUCUUUUUCUCAGCUAAGAUGAACCAAGCGUCACCUUCUGAUGAGUAGUAGGUUAUUUUGAUGAAAUAUAAUUUUAAAAUGAUUUACAUCUCAAAUAUUUCAUUGUAUAAUAGUAGAUGUUUUGUUUGUGGCUUUUCUCGUAAAACACAGCUCAGGAUAGUAGUUAGUGAAGGCUUUGGGAUGGUGUACGUAUUUGUGAAAAUACAACGCAAACUUGUGCCAAUUCAUAACAGUUUUGAUGAAUUGGUGGCUAAUACGUAUGAAUUCGUAGCAUUACAUUUGUAUGGUUUUGUGCGAUAGUGCUUCAUGCUUUUUUCUAAAAAAAAAUAAAAACGUACAUUUUCGUACAAAAUGCAUCGCAUGAAUUCAUAUGAAAUUGCCACCUUUAAGAUAGUUAUGUGUGCUCAUGAGAUCAGGAUGGAAAAACAGGAACUCAAGUCAUUUUUCUGUGUCUCCAGAGUGAUUAGUCACAUGACGUUUAUGAGUUGGAUCAGAGUUGAAUUCAAUGGGUUUUUUCCCCAUUCAGCUGCAACGUGAACAAAGCCUUACUGGCCCUCUAUAAACUCUCCAUACACACACACACACACUUAAACACAUACACGAAUACUAUCAGGAAAAUGGUGUAGUGUACAAUUUUUUUAUGCUGUGUAUCAGAUUAUAAUUAACUCUUGUAAUCAAACCAAUGAGGCUACUUUGAUGCAUCUCAGUGGACAGUCAGUGGACAUCAUCAUCACACCAGUUAAUUGGUGAAAGAGCGGAAGUCUUAAUGAUGCUGGAGUUUUAUUGGAAUACGAUCGUGGGUUCAUUAUGUUUGAUGAGAUAAAUUAAUGACUGUAAUGCCAGAGAAUAAUCCGCUUAGCUAGCUAAGUUUAACAGUCUAAGCCUGUCUCCGACUAAUUACCCUUCUCAGAGCCAAACACUCAUUUGUAAACAAUUUCAGCCCAUAAUUCUGUGAGGUUGACAAAGUGCCCACUUCAACCCUGGCCGAGAAGAGCAUGGCAGGAUGAUAAAUUGGCUUUUUUACCCUUUUGUGCCGUGACAGCAAUGCGGUAAAAUCGAUAUGAUGCUUUGAGCUCAGAGGGCGUCACAUUCAAGGUCUAAAGUAAGGAUGAAGAUGACGGUUUGUCCUGAACACAGUCCAGGGGGUUGCAUCUGAUUUAAGUGAGAUUUCCUGUUAAUCAAUGCCAUGAGCAUUACUAUAGUGAUUUAUGGAAACAGACUUUGAUUGAGACUAAUGUAAUCCAGAGGGGGAAAAAAAAUGCCACCGUUUGUGUCAGGCAAAAUAAAAUAAAAGUUGAUAAGAUAAAGUGAAACACAUAUUAAAGGGAAGAUUGGAUCAGGCGUGAUGAACAGCAGAAGGUUUCUGGUGGAAAGCAGAGGAAUACAGAGCGAUCCAGUGGCUCUAAGUUACUUUCACUUAUUUUCUUUUGACUUUUUGCAUUUGAAUUUCAAUAUUUAAGUGUGUUUGGUGUGCAGUGACAGUUCUUUUCUUGCCGUUAUUUUUAUUUAUAGAUUUUAUAUAAUUAUUUAAUUGUUUGCUGCUUUGUUUACAUCCGGUUUUAUGUGAAGACUGAGACGCUUUUGCUGUGGUUUCCAAAGUGGAGCUACACACAAUCAAAUGUGAAAACUUUGUGAAAUUAAAAAAAUAAUCAUUUAAAAAAGAACUUGCACGCAUUACACAUACCACUUUUUUUUUAUAAAAAUAGCCCUUAAAUAAAUUUCCCAAAUUGUAUUAUUGGCCACGUAAGUAAUGAAAAAUAAGAACGUAUAUUGCGGUUUGUAUGAGCACACACACACACACACACACACACACACACACACACACACACACACACACACACACACA